AGGGGUGCAGACCAGCGCCGAGCCGCACACAGCCAUCCAUCCUUCCCUUUCCCUUUCUCCCCCGUCCUUCCUCCUCUCCAGGCCCCCAUCUCCGCCGCGGGCCGGGGGGCUCUGGCCGCCAGCAUGAGUUCCUUUAGCUACGAGCCGUACUACUCGACCUCCUACAAGCGGCGCUAUGUGGAGACUCCCCGGGUGCACAUCUCCGGCGUGCGCAGCGGCUACAGCACCGCGCGCUCCGCUUACUCCAGCUACUCGGCCCCGGUCUCCUCCUCGCUCUCCGUGCGCCGCAGCUACUCGUCCAGUUCCGGCUCCUUGAUGCACAGCCUGGAGAACCUCGACCUGAGCCAGGUAGCCGCCAUCAGCAACGACCUCAAGUCCAUCCGCACUCAGGAGAAGGCGCAGCUCCAGGACCUCAACGACCGCUUUGCCAGCUUCAUCGAGCGCGUGCACGAGCUGGAGCAGCAGAACAAGGUGCUGGAGGCCGAGCUGCUGGUGCUGCACCAGAAGCACUCCGAGCCGUCCCGCUUCCGGGCGCUGUACGAGCAGGAGAUUCGCGACCUGCGUCUGGCGGCGGAAGACGCUACCAACGAGAAGCAGGCGCUCCAGGGCGAGCGCGAAGGGCUGGAGGAGACUCUGCGCAACCUGCAAGCGCGCUACGAAGAGGAGGUGCUGAGCCGCGAGGACGCCGAGGGCCGGCUGAUGGAGGCGCGCAAAGGCGCAGACGAGGCGGCGCUGGCCCGCGCUGAGCUCGAAAAGCGUAUCGACAGCCUGAUGGACGAAAUCGCUUUUCUGAAAAAAGUGCACGAAGAGGAGAUCGCCGAGCUGCAGGCGCAGAUCCAGUAUGCACAGAUCUCGGUGGAGAUGGACGUGUCCUCCAAGCCCGACCUCUCCGCCGCGCUCAAGGACAUCCGCGCGCAAUAUGAGAAGCUGGCCGCCAAGAACAUGCAGAAUGCCGAAGAGUGGUUCAAGAGUCGAUUCACGGUGCUGACCGAGAGCGCAGCCAAGAACACCGACGCGGUGCGCGCUGCCAAGGACGAGGUGUCCGAGAGCCGUCGCUUGCUCAAGGCCAAGACGAUUUUAUACAAAGCGUGCACUUUGAUCUUAACAGAAACUAGGCCUUUGCAAAUAUAUUCCAGAAUAAACGCAGAAGGGAUUUAUGCUUGGAUUUUUUAAAAUCUCCAACAGGACACAAUCAACAAAUUAGAAAACGAACUGAGAACCACCAAGAGCGAAAUGGCCCGCUACCUAAAAGAAUACCAAGACCUCCUCAACGUGAAGAUGGCUUUGGAUAUUGAGAUUGCAGCUUACAGGAAACUCUUGGAAGGCGAGGAGACCCGGCUCAGUUUCACCAGCGUGGGCAGCUUAACCAGCGGCUACUCCCAGAGCUCCCAGGUCUUUGGCCGAUCUGCCUACGGAGGUCUGCAGACCAGCUCCUACUUGAUGUCCGCCCGCUCCUUCCCCUCUUACUACACCAGCCACGUCCAGGAGGAGCAGAUCGAGGUGGAGGAGACCAUCGAGGCUGCCAAGGCCGAGGAAGCCAAGGACGAGCCGCCCUCUGAAGGGGAAGCUGAAGAGGAGGAGAAGGAAAAGGAAGAGGGUGAGGAAGAGGAGGGAGCCGAAGAGGAAGAAGCUGCCAAGGAAGAAUCUGAAGAAGCUAAAGAGGAAGAAGAAGGAGGAGGUGAAGGUGAAGAAGGAGAAGAAACCAAAGAAGCUGAAGAGGAGGAGAAGAAAGAAGAAGGUGCUGGGGAGGAGCAAGCAACCAAGAGUGUACUAUAUUAUGUGAAGAAUGGCUUUCUAGGAGACAAUUCUGAAAUUAUGUGA